AUGUCGACUUCCGAGUCACGCUCUACGAGACCGCAACGGGUCCUCGCAUGUACACUGUGCCAGCAGCGAAAAGUCAAGUGCGAUCGCACAUUUCCGUGUGCUAACUGCACCAAAGCUGGGGCGCAUUGCGUCCCCGCUGCAUUGGUGCCCCGCCAGCGGCGUCCUAGGUUUCCUGAACGCGAGCUCUUGGACCGACUCGGCAAAUAUGAGGGUCUUCUACAAAAACAUGGAAUCAAAUUCGAGCCUCUCCAUCAACUUACUAAGGACCCGCCAAAAGAGUCUGACUCCCAAGAGACUUCCGAGACCGUUUACGACGCCAGGAGUUUUUGGCAAGCCAUGGCCCAGCCUUCAGAAGCCAGUGAUGAAGAGUCCGAAAGUCCCUUCCACAAUGAUGUCAGCGAGAGUCUUCGACUGAACGCAUGGGACCAAGCUCACGAAAGCAACGACCAGCUCCUGUUUGGCCCGCGGAGGGAGAUCGAUUUCCAAGCGGCGCAUCCUAGCCAGGUCCAAAUAUUCAAGCUAUGGCAGGUCUAUCUCGAGAACGUCGAUCCCCUCCUUAAAGCCACUCACACGCCCUCACUCCAACCCCUCAUCAUCGAGGCCGCCAGCGACAUGAAAAACAUCUCAGCACCCUUGGAAGCUCUCAUGUUCGGCAUCUACUGUGUCUCAAUCGUAAGCCUCGACAGCAACUCACUAUUUGGCGUGCCCAAGAAGGAACUCCUCCGCACUUAUCAAUUUGGCUGCCAGCAAGCUCUUAUCAACUGUGGAGUGCUUCGUUCUACAAAUCUAGACUCUCUCACGGCGUUCUUUCUCUACUUGGUCUCGUUACGCCCCGAUAGCAUCGAUCCCCGUGCUGUCUCUCCAAUGCUAGGUGUGGCAGUCCGUAUUGCACAGCGUAUGCGGCUCCAUAAUGAAGCAUCGUACGCCGGACUUGCACCUUUCGAGGCUGAAAUGCGCCGACGGCUGUGGUGGGCACUCGUUACCUUCGACAACCGCAUAUGCGAGUUAUCUGACUUCAAGGCAUCGAUCUUGAAUCCGACAUGGGACUGCAAGCGCCCUCUCAACGUCAAUGACUUCGAUCUCCGACGAGAGAUGAAGAGCCUGCCAACGUCUCACAAUCAGCUGACUGAGGCUCUCUUCGUGCUUGUGCGUUAUGAACUUGGUGACCUUAUCCGACAUAGCCACUUCCAUCUCAACUAUACCAGCCCUUCUCUAAAAGCCAUAGCCAAGGAUCCUCAGGAUUCUGGGCUGGUUUCCUUUGAAAAUGCAGUCGAAGAGCGAUUCCGGUUAUGCAAUCCUGAGAACCCUCUUCACUUCAUGACGAUCUGGAUGACACGGGCAGCCAUUGCCAAAGCCCGCCUGAUGGAGUAUUACGAUAGGCAUGCCACGCUAUCGACGCAUCAGCCGGACGAGCAACGCGACACUGCCAUAUCAUAUGCUCUUGAUAUGCUCAGGUCCGACACCAAACUCGUGACGUCCCCCCUGACCAAAGGCUACCUUUGGCUAGUGCAUCUAUACUUUCCGCUGCCUGCCUACAUGAACAUUGCCCAAGAACUCGCUCGAAGACCUACCGGGAAACUUGUGCAGCAAGCUUGGAGUGUUAUGAGUGAUAACUAUGAGUCUCGCUUCACCGACCUGGACCACGAGAGCCCCAUAUUCGCAAUAUUCGCCAAGCUGACGCUCCAAGCGUGGGAAUCUUGCGAGAUGGUGCGUAUUAAGUCCAACCUGCCAUCGGAUCUUCCUUGGAUUGUUCGAAACGCCAAGCAGAGGCUACAGAAGAGCUCUGGUACUCAGGAACUACCAGUAGCAAAACCGGGGCAGACAUCUGGUGCAGCUAUUGGGCCAUACUCCGACUUCCUAGGACAACCGAUGGCAGACGUAGACAUGGAUCAACUGGAUUGGGCUGCGAUAGACUGGAAUCCGAUGUCUGGGCAAGGCUGGUGA